AUGAGCGAUUCCAAACAGAAACGCAAUUCGUUUUUCUUCUUCUCUAGCAAAAAUAGUGGGCCCAAAAGUGAACCCAAAGUUCCAAAUGUCAAGUAUGUCGGGAAGUAUCCAUUGAUGUCUUCGACAAAAGCGCGUUCUGAGUCUGCUGCAAGCGAAGGCAGUAACUCAACCACUCGCCCUUCAAACCCACCAGAUGUUCACCAGCCACAGGAUCAUGCUGUGAAAGACCCUGUAAGUGUCGAUGCGGAUCCCCAUGUAGAAAGAUCGAAUAGAAGAAGGCCUCCACCACCAGAGUUACAAUUCCCAGGAAUGUGGACCAACAAUACUGCCCUGGAGAGUAACAUAAAUCAAGGGUCGAAGCAAAACAACGAAGAUAGAAAAAGAGUGCCUCAAUCUGGUCAUCAACGAAAAAAGUCAGAUAUAGACGAACUGAUGGACCACUUAGAUCAAUUCGGUCAUGAAAGUCAAGGGGACUAUGAGAGUGAAAGUUUGAUUGGAUCGUCUUCAUCAAAUGAUCAUUUUGAAACCCCUAGUCUGAACUUAGGCGGCGACAAUGUGGAAAAGGAAGGCCAAUUGCAUGCCAAGUUCGGAGAAGAGACGAAUUCUGAUCAAAACUUCACUUCACCAGAUUCAAAACGUUCAGAUGAUCGUUUGCAGGAGCCGCAUAAAAGUAUAUCUUACGGAGAGACAAUCGAGGAUGACGACCGGUUUUCCUUUGCAAACUCACAAGUGGAAUCUGUAACGGAACUACAGCGACUUUCGUUCAAUAGCGAACCGAAAACGACAAGUAUAAGUUCUCAAAAAAGUCAAGAAGUAGUCGAACAUGGACAAUAUUCAAGUAACGAGCAACGUGCUGUCGGGGAAAAUCUAACAGACUCAGAGGAAUCGAGCAGCAAUUACUGUUACGGCGACGAUCAGUCGUUUACAGAUAAGCCACGCCGAUUCAGGGUAGUGAAUGAACAUCGACCAAACUUCACCCUCAAUGAUGGAAGUAGCACGAAUACGGACAGUGAAAGUUUCAUACUUACACCCGUGCUUUCAUCUUUGCCCAAGCAACAUACAGAGGCAGAACAGUCGCACUUGACAUCAACCCUGCCGACCAUCAAAUCGUCGUCGCCAUCAACUUCCGAGGGGCUCGAACACCAGUUGUCAAGCUCAGGUUCUUUACCUGCGCAGGAAAAUGAUCUCAGCCCGAGGAGUGGACCGGAGUCCGAAUUCACAAUACAGGAUCAGUUCGCAGAACCACAAGAAACAGCAAGAUUACAGAGCCCGCAUAGAAGUGGGACUGACAAAUCUGUGAAGCUCGUAUCUGGCUACGUCGAGGAAUUACGGCUGAAAUAUUUUCCCACAUCCAAUUCACUUCAACCUCCUCCGAACUUGCCCUUCGUGCUUAAGACAAAAAACAGUCUUGAACAGCCCCAAAAUAUCAAGGUCAAGAUACGCACGAGCUCAAAGCAAAUCGGAAUCAAGCAUGGGAAGGCGAAACAAAAGCUGUUAUCUUUAGAGACCGCCAAAGAGGAAGAAGAAACAGAUAGUGCGAUGAACUUGCACGGAAAGGACCUUUCGGUUUCCACCGAAGUCGAUCAUACCCAAGAGUUUCACGAUCUGUUGAACAAGAGCACGUCAGGAGCCAAUCUGCUUUACGAGGGCAGCCAGGCUUUUAACGGAGAAAACGAAAACCCUUACGAUGCAGAGAGUGAUGAUCUUUACUUGCGAAAUAUUCCGGGUGACGAAGCAUACGAUAGCGAUGACGUAAUGGCACCAUUGCGAGAUAGAGGGGAGCAUAGUGGCCCUCUUCGCUUUGCCAAUGUUCACGAAGGUGGCCGAAACCAGGUGGGUCGUGCAAAUGGACGAGUCAAUCGCAGCGAUACGGUGACAAGUUAUUAUACUCGGCAAAAUAUAAACAGAGCUCGCAGCGGCACUUUGGAUACGAACUACGUCAAUACGGUCCAUAAGGGAUUGGACCGGACGUUGAGAGACCAAAUUGGAGCGGAAAACUCAUCGGACGAUGAACUAUCGGUCCAAACGUCAAACCCUGCAUAUCUGCAGUCCACAUUUAAUGGUGGUCUGCGUGUAACAAACCAGGAUCCAGGAUCAGAUGAAGGUUGA